AUGUUUCGCGGAGUCCGAGAAGUUUUGAACAGGUAUCGAAGCGGUAAAUUGCCGAAAGCCUUCAAAAUGGUGCCGAAAUUAUCAAACUGGGAGCAGAUCCUUUAUCUCACUGAUCCUGAUGGUUGGUCUGCGGCGGCCAUGUACCAAGCUACUCGGAUAUUCGCUUCGAGUUUGAACGAGCGCAUGGCGCAGCGGUUUUACAACAUGAUUCUAUUGCCACGUGUUCGAGACGACAUCGCGGAAUUCCGAAAGCUAAAUUUUCAUUUGUACCAGGCGAUGAGAAAGGCACUUUUCAAACCAGGGGCGUUUUAUCGUGGCAUUGUUCUGCCAUUAUGCGAGGGCGGAGAUUGCACGUUGAGAGAAGCAAUCAUUGUAGGCAGUGUUUUGGCAAAGAACUCAAUUCCGGUCAUCCAUUCGGCGGCUGCGAUGAGCAAAAUAGCAGAGAUGGAG